AUGUCAUAUUAUUUCAAGAACUUAAAACCAGAGUAUGAAUCAGAAGAAGAAGGUGAUGAUGAUAAUAAUUUAGAAUCGAUAUUAUCGAGAAGGAUCUCGAAAGUUGAUGAUGCUACUAACGGUGAAUCAAGUGAGGAGGAUGAAAUGAAGACUAUAUCAUUUAGUUCUUUGAAGAAAGCUGAUCAAAUCAUGAUGGAGGAAGAAGCUAAAGAGUCUAAAUUAUCCAAGAAAAACAAAAUGAAAAAUUCAAAAUUAUCAACAAUCAAAAACAAUGAUACUACCAGUACAAGGAAUGAAUCGGAAGCAACUAAGAAAAAAUACAAGGAAGAAUCAUUUGAUGAAGAUUCGGAGAGUGAUAGUGAUGAUGAAGGUGCAUUUUUCGAGGAGGAGGAAGACAACGACGACGAACAACAAAACAAUAAAAUUAACAAGAAACAAUCGAAAGGCAAGAAAAAAGGUAAACAUGCACCAAUUGAAUCAUCUUCGAAGAAACGACUUUCUAAAAGAGGCGUAAGGGAAAUUCCUGGUUUGAAUAUACCGAAGACUCAAAAUUCCAAUCUUUAUCAAGAUAUUCGAUUUGAUAAAUCUACGGGUGAAAGUACAGAUCUUUCAGUGAUUAGACGACGUUAUCAAUUUUUAGAUGAAUAUAGAGAGAAGGAGAUAUCAGAAUUAACUAAAAGGCUACAUGAUCGUAAAUUCCUAAAUAAGAUAACAGAUUAUGAGAAGGAGGAAAUGGAAUCUAAAUUAAUCAGUAUGAAAUCAAGAUUACAAAGUGUUAAGAAUAAAGAUUUAGAGCGUAAAAUUGUCAAAGAAUAUGAAGAUGAAAUUAAUCGUAAUAAUAGUACAAGAUAUCAUUUGAAGGAUAGUGAGAAAAGGAAAGUUAUUCAAAAAUGGAAAUUUGAUCAUAUGAAAGCCAAACAACGUGAGAAAGUUAUGGAAAGGAAAAGAAAGAAGAGAUUGGGUAAAGAAUUUAAACAAUUUGAAUUUCAUCAAAAUAAUAAAUAA